GAGCAACAGAUGUGGCCCACACCCAUUCAAGGGAGAGAGAAAAAAAACACAUUGCGCAUGGGUCUCCAACUUAACAAUACUGUCAACUUAACAGCAAAACAGUUGCACAAAUUCAUCAAGGAAAGGGAGUUAAAGGAAAACGUAUUGCUUGACUUGGAAUUGUAUUGACUGACAUCAUCAUGAAAGCAUCAACCACAGCAGGUCCGGCAAUACCCAUGACAUCGGCAGAAACAUUCGAACAAGGAAUCAUUGAGGUCGUCACCCGUCUGGUCACACAGAAUGUCCCAGAACACUUCACACAACCCUUCAGAGCUGGAGUUCUGACAACAACAUCUGCAGAUAUGACUGAAACAACCUCAGCUGCUUUUUUAGUGGGAGCCGCCAACGUAGAUGAUGGAUCCUUUGAAGCCAUUUUCGGAGGAGUCAUUUUUGCGCUGCUCCUGGCGCUGCUCGUGGCGUUGCUGGUACUGCGCUACAUUGUCAAGCGUAAGGGCACUUACCACACCAACGAGGCCGAGUGUGGUGAUUCUGCCGACAAUUAUGGCGGUGAAUCUCAAAGCGAGCAGGUUCAACUAGAGAUUUUGGACAAGGAGGAGUAGAAAGAAGAAUACUUCAUUUGAAACAGGAUUUUUUCCGUUUCUAAACCAGGGCCAAUAUUUUCUAUGGAAUUGGAAAUGCCUAUGACGGUCAUCUAAUUUCAAGAUAACAUUUAUAUGGGGCCUACAACCAUCUCAGCUCUGCAGAUUUUGCUUCGAAGAGACAAAAUAAUUAGAUCACUUAUUUUUGUAUUGCCCAUAUAGUAUAUACACUAUAUAUGCAAAAGUAUGUGGACACCCCUUCAAAUUAGUGGAUUAGCUAUUUCAGCCAAAUUACAGGCUUAUUCUACAGCUUUAUUUCCCUCAUCAAUAUACACAAAAUCUCAUAAUGACAAAGCAAAAACAGGUAUUUAUCAAUUUUUGCAAAUGUAUUAAGAAAAAAAUACUGAAAUAUCACAUUAACAUAAGUAUUCAGAUCCUUUACUCAGUACUUUGUUGAAGCACCUUUGGCAGUGAUUACAGCCUUGAGACUUCUUGGGUAUGACGCUACAAGCUAGGCACACCUGUAUUUGGGGAGUUUAUCCCAUUCUUCUCUACAAAUCCUCUCAAGCUCUGUCAGGUUGGAUGGGGAGAGGCUGCUGCACAGCUAUUUUCAGAUCAGGUUCAAGUUCGGGCUCUGGCUGGGCCACUCAAGGACAUUCAGAGACGUGUCCCAAAGCCACUCCUGCAUUGUUUUGGCUGUGUGCUUAGGAUCGUUGUCCUGUUGGAAGGUGAACCUUCACCCCAGUUUAAGGUGUGCUCUGGAAAAGGUUUUCAUCAAUGAUCUCUCUGUACUUUGCUCAGUUCAACUUUCUCACGAUCCUGACUAGUCUCCCAGACCCUGCCACUGAAAGAAAUCCCCACAACAUGAUGCUGCCACUAUCAAGCUUCAUCGUAGGGAUGGUGCCAGGUUUACUCCAGACAUGACGCUUGGUAUUCAGGCCAAAGAGUUCAAUCUUGGUUUCAUCAGACAAGAGAAUCUUGUUUCUCAUGGUCUGAGAGUCCUUUAGGGGCUUUUAUUGGGCAAACUCCAAGCGAGCUGUCAUGUGCCUUUUACUGAGGAGGGGCUUCUGUCUGGACACUCUACCAUAAAAGCCUGAUUGGUGGAGUGCUGCAGAGAUGAUUGUGCUUCUGGAAGGUUCUCCCAUCUCCACAGAGCAACUAUGGAGCGCUGUCAGAGUGACCAUCGGGUUCUUGGUCACCUCCCUGACCAAAGCCCUUCUCCCCGAGUGCUCAGUUUGGCCGGGCGACUAGCUCUAGGAAGAGUCUUGGUGGUUCCAAACUUGUUCCAUUUAAGAAUGAUGGAAGCCACUGUGUUCUUGGGGACCUUCAAUGCAGCAGAAAUGUUUUGGUACCCUUUCCCAGAUCUGUGCCACGACACAAUCCACAAUCUCGGAAUUCUAUGGACAAUUCCUUCAACCUCAUGGCUUGGUUUUUGCUCUGAAAAGCACUGUCUAUAGACAGUCUAUAGACAACUAUAGACAGGUGUGUGCCUUUACAGAUCAUGUCCAAUCAAUUGAAUGUAUCACAGGUGGACUCCAAUCAAGUUGUAGAAACAUAUCAAGGAUGAUCAGUGGAAACAGGAUGCACCUGAGCUCAAUUUCGAGUCUCAUAACAAAGGGUCUGAAUACCUAUGUAACAUUAGAGUGUCUAGUUUGAGAAACAAAUGCCUCACAAGUCCUCAACUGGUAGCUUCAUUAAAUAGUACCCGCAAAACACCAGCCUCAACAUCAACAGUGAAGAGGCGACUCCGGGAUGCUGGCCUUCUAUCCCGAGUUGCAAAGAAAAAGCCAUAUCUCAGACUGGCCAAUAAAAAUAAAAGAUUAAGAUGGGCAAAAGAACACAGACACUGGACAGAGGAACUCUGUCUAGAAGGCCAGCAUGGAAUUUGCCUCAUCACUGUUGAUGUUGCUCAGUUGUGCACCAGGGCCUCCCACUCCUCUUUCUAUUCUGGUUAGAGACAGUUUGCACUGUUCUGUGAAGGGAGUAGUACACAGUGUUGUACGAGAUCUUUAGUUUCUUGGCAAUUUAUCGCAUGGAAUAGCCAUCAUUUCUCAGAACAAGAAUAGACUGACGAGUUUCAGAAGAAAGUUAUUUUUUUUACGGACAUUUUGAGCCUGUAGUCAAACCCACAAAUGCUGAUGCUCCAGAUAUUCAACUAGUCUAAAGAAAGCCAGUUGUAGUGCUUCUUUAUCAGAACAACAGUUUUCAGCUGUGCAAACAUAAUUGCUAAAUAGUUUUCUAAUGAUCAAUUAGCCUUUUAAAAUGAGAAACUUGGAUUAGCUAACAUAACGUGCCAUUGGAACACAGGAGUGAUGGUUGCUGAUAAUGGGCCUCUGUACGCCUAUGUAGAUAUUCCAUAAAAAAUAUGCCGUUUCCAGCUACAAUAGUCAUUUACAACAUUAACAAUGUCUGCACUGUAUUUCUGAUCAGUUUGAUUUUAUUUUAAUGGACAAUUUUUUUGCUUUUCUUUCAAAAACAAGGAAAUUCUAAGUGACCCCAAACUUUUGAGCGGUAGUGUAUGCUCAAAGUAUUGACAUCCCAAAAUACUCUAUCGGUGACUAAAUGUGGUCAAGUUUAUGUUGAAGAUAAUGCAUGUCUGUUGUUUUAUCACCUGAAAAUGCCAUUCAACUAGGUGUGGGUAUGUAUCAAGCUACACAUUUGAUACAUUUGCACAGUCAUGGAUUAAAUCAGCCAAACUUUUUCCCCAAUUAAGAGUUUACUUGUAUACCCAGUCGAAAAAUCGGAUUAUUCAACACAACAUCUGGGUUCAGGAAACCAAGAUACAGGGGCAAAUGUUUGCACUUCAAUAGUGUGUGUUAAUGAGAUUUAGAAGCUUAUAGAGGAUUUUGUAUUUUCUGUAUUCAUCAAGCUAGAAUAGAGCAAUGCACUGCCCGAGGCUGCUGAAGGGCAGUUCUGAAUCCUUGAGUAGCGCCAGGCAGCGAUAUGUGGGUUUAAUGCAAUUCGAACAACCCCAGAAACGUUACUGCAGAGCUGAGCCAGCACACUUUGCAAAAAACCAUUGUGCCUUUGGGAAAUCGUUUUACUCUAAUUGCGUAUUAUUCUUGGUUGGGAUACAAGACAAUACAAGCCAAUCUCAAGAUCAUACAUCACCUGAUCUACGAGCUGGCAAAGAGCACUUACUUUUGGCCAUUUGAUUGCAAGUUGAAAGUAUUUAUUUCCAUUUGUCUUCCUAAUCAAAGUAUGGGACAAUUGCUAACCUUUCUCCAAACAGAUUUUUCCUUCAAUUCUCUAAUCAAGUCCAACUUCAAAGCCAGUGACUCAGCGUGUUUGAGUGCAGUGGCUUGAGUGCUCUGUCUGAUUGAGGUAAAGACAAUAACGCCAUUGAGACAUCUAUCCAACUGCCGUCCUCACCGACAACAUAUCAAAUCCUAUUGAUCAGAGAGGAAAACACUGACAAAAUAUGUGCUCCAAAUAGCACCCUAUUUCUUCUUUAGUGCACUAGGCUACUUUUGACCAGGGCCCUAUGGGGGAAUAGGGUGCUAAAUAGGGAAUAGGGUGCCACUUGGGACUCAACUGUGACUUCAGCAGGGCCACUGACACCUCUCAAAGAGAUUAACAACUUUUCUAAAAGAGUCAUUCCAGGGUCACAGAAGCCAUAGCUUGGCCUAGACAGCUAAACACAAGCACCAGGCGCUUGAAAGGCAAUAAUCAGGAAGUCAGCCUUGCAACCAGCAACCAGCAACCAGCCGCACUUCCCGGUCAAUGUAUUUUUAUUAUUAGAAAUCAAAUAACAGUUGAAAAGACACCCAUCGUGAUCUCUUACAGUUGUAUCCCAGCUUUCCUCCUGGCCUUGGUGUGCAGAGAACAUACUUUUUUAUUCCGACAAUAAGCCAUACUUUGAUAUGGCCCUGAAGGCAUCAACAUAAAUGAAUUUCAUCUCGACUGCUCUGUGAAGCUUGAACAAUGGCAAAGCCAAAGCUGGUGACUUUUCCAUCUCUUCUCCUACUGUCGACAAAAUGGCAUAAAAUACAAAUACAUGCUAGCAUUCUCCAUGGAUGAAUGCGGCAUGGGACUGUACUCACCUAAAGACAUCAACGAUGAAAACACAUUGAAUUUCUUUUGAGCAACGUAGCUGCCUCACUCUCUUUGAGUUGGAGCUAAUUCCAGUAAAAGAGGAUACAGUACAUGAAUUCAUGAAUAACUUGACUUGGAAGCCCAUGGUACCGUAGUCUGAGUUGUGUAGAUUAUCUCCCUUGUUAGACAAUAGGCUAAGUAUUGUGUGCGUCCCAAACAGCACCCAUAGAGCUCUAGUCAAAAGUUGUGCACUGCAGAAUGUACAGGAAAUAGGCUGCCAUUUGGGACGGAGACCUGGAUGUGUUCAGACAAAUGAAAGAAGAAUGGGAACAGGAAACUCAAUGAAUCAUCUUGUUAGAAUAUCCCCAUGGCUUACAAUAGGGGCGGUCCCAAAUGCAACCCUAUUCCCUGGUCCCUGGUCAAAAGUAGUGCAUUGAGUAGGGAUUAGGGUGCCAUUUGGGAUGCACAUUUAAGGUUCUGGGGCUCUUGAGAAAGGAGAGUUUUGCAUAAUGCAGCAGCAAUAAAACAGAAAAUGCUCAAUUCCAGCUCAUCCAAGUGUUGCUCUAUUCUAUUCUUCAGCGAAUAUCCUAUAAGUUAUAAUGAAGAUAUGUGACUUAGCCCCUGACAUGGCAAGCUUCCUAGGAGAAAGGACUUCCAUUCCAGACUCAAUUACUAUUUCAAUACGUUUCCGCUAUGGAUAUUGAAUAUUGCAAGAUAAGCAGUUCUCGCAAAAUUGCUAGCACAAAGUCUGCGCCGGGGGUUUAUGUUAAGGCUUUUUACGCUUCUGUUCAAAGGUGCAAUGGGAAGGUUAUGAAGUACAUUUUUGGGGGGGGUCAGGGUUACAGGAAUAUAUAAUACAGUACCUGCCUGUGAAGAUGGAUGCCACAUUGUUACAGCCAGGAAUAGUUCCUGCACUCAGCACUUCCCCAAAGAAGUGAAUGUCAAACUAGUGAAUGUCAAACUUGCAGAGAGAGGGGAUCCCCAACAGAGCAGCGUUAGAGAACUGUUAAACCAACUCAGUGUUAAAGAUGAAAUCCGCAUAAGGUGAAACAGUGCCAUUGUUUGCCCUCAGUGCAUUUGCCAUGAUUUUUGUUCUGCUGAUGAAACGGAGGAGGAGCAUCCAGUAUCGUAGUCCCCCAAAAAUAUUCCAGCACAUACUCUGUGUUCUAUCGCGCGUGCAACGAUGUCAACUGGGGGGGAAAACUGUUAGUUGUUUGAAGUAACGUCUUCGUUGUUGUAAUAUCGCAAACGGACGUGGCAGUUUCACCGAGUACGAAUUCCAGCUUUAAAACAGUGUUCAACCAAUGCAGUGUUAAAACAGUUUUCAGAAGGAUUCACAAGCUUGUAAAUGCAAAACUAGGCAGAAAUGAAGAAGAGAAGUGAUUCGGAAAAGAGGGAACAAACGGUGUUAUGCUUUGAACUGCUUUUAAUGAAGUCUGUUCCUUUCGGUUUACUUUGAUGAAUCAUUGUUUCCCUAUUAGGCUCACUGUACCAAAGAGAGCUGCAUCUCCAUAAAACUAAAGGGGACAUCAUCCCCAUUCAUAACUGUUACUAAUGUAUAUACCUAUAGUUUGGUUUUGAAAGAUUCAUACAACACAAGAACAGUACACUGCCCACUGAUCCCAGAGAUCAUAAUAACCUUGUCUCACUCCCACUAUCCAACAUGCAUUUACUGUCCCCAAGGAGGCUCCCUGCCUGUUUGCCUGCCUAUAUACCUGCCUUCUUGCCUUGCUGCCUGUGUGGCUGGCUUCCUGUACAGAUAGCCUAGAAGGAGGGAGCCUGCCUCUGCCUGCUUGACUCUCUGCCUGCCUGCCUGCCUGUCUGCCUGCCUCUCUGCCUGCCUGCCUGCUUGCCUCUCUGCCUCUCGGCCUGCCUCUCUGCCUGCCUGCCUCUCUGCCUGCCUGCCUCUCUGCCUGCCUGCUUGCCUCUCUGCCUCUCGGCCUGCCUCUCUGCCUGCCUGCCUGUCUGCCUGCCUCUUUGCCUGCCUGCUUGCCUCUCUGCUUCUCGGCCUGCCUCUCUACCUGCCUGCCUCUGCCUGCCUGGUGCGCUCAGCAGUAAGAGGUGAUAUAGGCCUAAUCAUUAUUACUCUAUAAUAACUGAUAAAUAAUCUUCAUAUGAACGGUCAUUAGGGGAAAUUGGCUUUUGUUAUUUCAUGUGUAACCGCAUUGCACCUGCAGAAGCCCGAUCAGCAAAACAAGUCAGCCAGCACUGAAUCAUCUGCAGGUAGUCUGCUAGGCUAUAUUGUCAUUAACAAACUACUGGAAUUGUGUUUGUGUGUGUAUGGAUGGGUUACUUUGGGUCCUAGAGUAUGUUCACUUUUUUCAUGUCAUGUCCAUCCUAUUUUUAAAAAUAAAUAAUAAUUACUGUUUUUUUUAAUACAGGCAGACCAUUGAAAGGUCUCUGUACUUUUUUUUUCUCUCUCAGUGUGAGAAGCCAGUUCUGAGUUCCAGUUCCGAGUUCCAGUUGUCUUUCCAGACUUAGUUGUUGUGACAAACUUUUGACCAGAUAAUUCAGUUCCCUGGGUGUAAUUACUCAGUUGACUGCAGGCACAUUUAGAUUUAAUUAAAAGUGAGAGCCCAAUAUCACUUUUCAUUGCACCUGACACCCUGGCGUUAACUCUGCAGCUUUGCAUUCAUUAGAGCAGGCAGUCAUUUUGUCACAUGGAAUUUGGAAUUGCCUGAAGUUGUAUCUUAUUUACAGCAUAAUCCUACCAGAAUAUAGGGUACAUCCUUA